AUGGCUGACCUCGACAAGGACACAUCCAUUACUAUUGCGCCUGCAGUGAUGAUGGGCAAAGAAGCAGAGGUCCCAGCCAACUCGGAUGCAAUUCCCCUCGAGAUCGGGGCGGAGUGGGCUGCCCUGGAGAAGCAGGUCCGGUGGAAGGUCGACAUUCGUCUCUGCACCAUUGCAGGACUCCUCUGCAGUCUCAAUCUGCUAGACUCGGGAAUAUUGUCAUCGGCCGCGGUGACAAGUAUGCUCGAAGAUCUCGACCUGAAUCAAGGAAAUCGGUACUCCGUGUCCAUCUUCAUCUUCACAAUCGCCAGCGUCAUCUUCCAGCUGCCGUGUACCCUGGCAGUCCGCUUCGUUGGACCCCGGGCCUGGUUCGCAAUAAUUACAUUUGCGUUUGGACUGCUCACCCUGUGCACGGCGUUCAUCCACACCUGGCGCCAGAUGAUCGCCCUGCGCGUCCUUCUGGGCAUUGCCAUGUCCGGCAUUUACCCGGGCCUGACCUAUCUCAUCAGCGCGUGGUACCCGCGGCGGGAGCAGCAGCUUCGGUUUGCCUUUGUCCAGUCCGGCGAGGUACUCGUCUUGGCUACAGGGAAUCUGGUCAACUUCGGCCUCAACCACUUGGACGGCAAGGCGGGUUUGGCAGGGUGGAGGUGGAUGUACAUCGUCCAAGGGUCGAUCAGCUGUUUACUGGGGAUUCUGACCUACUGGUGGAUGGUGGACUUCCCGGAAAAUGCCCAGCGCAGCUUCUGCUUCCUCUCGGACCGCGAAGUGCGUGUGGCGGCGCGCCGGAUCCAGGAUGAUCGAGCCGACCUCGUUCCGGAGCCGUUCGCAUGGCGCACUGUCCUGGCCAAUUUCACCGAUCCCAAGAUCUAUGGGUUCUCGGUCAUGUUCUUCUUGCUCAACAUGAUCUCGACGUGUCUGUCGUACUUUCUCCCCAUCAUUCUUGAGUCGGGCAUGGGAUUUUCGUCCAAUAAGUCCAUCCUUCUCUCGACGCCACCCUACUAUUACGCUGUAAUUCCGGUCAUUCUCACGUCCUUGAUCGGGGAUAUCUACCGCAUCCGAGGUCCGCUAAUCAUAUUCAACGCGAUUGUGCUCAUCGCCGGAUUUCUGAUGUUCGGCCUCCCCGUCUCAACGCAAGUGACGGUGCGGUACAUUGGGACCUUUCUUGCUACCGGAGCCUACGUCUCUAACUGGGCGGCGCUGAAUGCCUUUCAAGCCAACAACAUCGUUGGCCAAUGGAAGCGUGCAGCCACCGCCGCAGCAGUAACUGCAUGCAAUGGGCUAGGCGGCGUGGCAGGCAGCUUUAUCGUGCGUCAGAAUGAGGCUCCGGAGUAUCUGACUGCGGUGUGGGUGUCUAUCGGCUCCCAUAUCCUCAUGAUCUUACUUGUGGGUACCUUUUCAUUGUACUUUUACAUUGCCAAUCAACAGCAAAAACGAGGGCUCAAAACGCUGGAGGGCGUGCCCGGAUUCAGAUACACUUACUAG